AAGCUGGAAAAAGGAAAAAUUUGGUGGCUGGCGACAUUUUUUUGUUUCUGCGUCUUAUUUCUCUCAUUCUUAGUGUCUCGACGGAUGAACACUUUUCAAAUUUACACAUCUUAACAUAGAGAGAGGGUUCUUCCGAAUCACAAGAAUACACCAAAAAUCAAAUGGGAGAUAAAAAACGCAAGAGAGGCCGCAAGCCCAAAAGCCCCGCCCCCGAAACCCUAGACUUCUCCGCCAACGUCGCCACCACCGCACCAAACGCCACCGCCACCACCACUGCAAUGGACGACGUCUUCUCCGUCGGAAGCGUUGAACUCAUCGAUAACACCGCCUCUGCGCACCACCAUCGCCGCCGUGGCCGCCCCAAGAAGCUCCCCAACCACUCCGACAAGCCUGUCUCUCUCGCCACGGGGCGCCGCCUCGCCCGCUCGGUGGACAACGGGGGCGACUUCCCCGUCCCCGGCGACGGAGGUAUCUCCCCCGCCGCGCCCAUGGAAGCGGCGGACCCGGUGUGGGAGAGCGUGUCGGCGAGGGUGUUACCGGCGAUGGACUCGGUGGUGAAGGUGUUCUGCGUACACACGGAACCGAAUUUCUCGCUGCCAUGGCAGAGGAAGAGACAAUGCAGUUCGAGUAGCAGUGGGUUUGUGAUUGGUGGGAGAAGGGUUCUCACCAAUGCGCAUUCGGUGGAGCACUACACUCAGGUCAAGCUCAAAAAGCGUGGCUCCGAUACGAAGUACUUGGCCACUGUGCUUGCCAUUGGAACCGAGUGUGACAUUGCCAUGCUUACAGUUGAUGAUGAUGAGUUCUGGCAAGGGAUGUCAUCUGUAGAGUUUGGGGAGUUGCCCACACUUCAAGAUGCAGUUACUGUCGUGGGCUACCCAAUUGGUGGAGACACUAUCUCUGUGACUAGUGGUGUUGUAUCGCGCAUUGAGAUUCUACCUUAUGUCCAUGGCUCCACAGAACUUCUAGGUUUACAGAUAGAUGCUGCUAUAAAUUCUGGCAAUUCUGGUGGACCUGCAUUUAAUGAUAAAGGAAAGUGUGUGGGGAUUGCAUUUCAGUCCCUCAAGCAUGAAGACGUGGAGAAUAUAGGUUAUGUCAUUCCAACACCAGUUAUCAUACAUUUCAUCAAGGAUUAUGAGAAAAAUGGAGGAUAUACUGGGUUCCCUAUUCUUGGGGUUGAGUGGCAGAAAAUGGAAAAUCCUGAUCUACGAAUGGCAAUGGGCAUGAGACCUGAUCAGAAAGGUGUGCGUAUUAGAAGAAUUGAUCCUACUGCUCUAGAAUCUAAGUUUUUGAAGCCAUCAGAUGUUAUCCUUAGCUUUGAUGGAGUUGAUAUUGCCAAUGAUGGAACUGUUCCAUUUCGUCAUGGAGAACGCAUUGGUUUCAGUUAUCUCAUAUCCCAGAAAUAUACUGGAGAUAAUGCUGCAAUAAAAGUAAUGCGAAAUUCAGAUAUUUUCAAAUUUGACAUUAAACUUGAUAGUCACAAAAGACUUAUUCCAGUACACAGCAAGGGCAGGCCUCCCUCUUAUUAUAUCAUUGCAGGAUUUGUGUUUACAACUGUUUCAGUUCCAUAUCUUCGUUCUGAGUAUGGAAAAGAUUACGAGUAUGAAGCUCCAGUCAAGCUUUUGGAUAAACUGCUGCAUUCAAUGCCACAAUCACCAGAUGAACAGCUUGUUGUGGUCUCUCAGGUUCUGGUGGCCGAUAUCAACAUUGGAUACGAAGAUAUUGUUAACACCCAGGUUCUUGCUUUCAAUGGUAAACCUGUGAAAAAUCUUAAGAGCUUGGCCACUAUGGUGGAGGACUGCAAUGAUGAAUAUCUAAAAUUUGAACUAGAUUAUGAUCAGAUAGUGGUUCUUCGGAUGAAGACUGCAAAAGCAGCUACCCUCGAUAUUCUUGCAACACAUUGCAUUCCAUCAGCAAUGUCUGAUGAUCUGAAGUCAUGAUCUGGAUCGCAGUGUAUGUAGAUUCUGCAUCUAGGUCGUUUCAUGCAAAGUAUCUGGUAAAAAAGAUGCAGAUAUGUAGGCUUGACUUAACUUUUGUAGUUAGAUUGUUUCCUUCAUGGUAUCUGGAGUUAUUGAUGGUUUUAUUUAAGUGCUAAAGCAUCUUGGGAUACUCGUGGUUCCGCAUUUUUAAAGGGAUGGUAGAUAGGUUUGCAGGAUUUACAUUACAGUGAAUUAUCUUAGGUUACAUUGUCCUUUUGAAAUUUUGAGGGAACUGAGCAAUGUAAAGGGUUGCCAUUACUUUUACCAAUUUGAUAUCUAUUAGACUUACUCAAAUGCAGGCAAUACAAAACAGAACUAUAGAUUGGCAAAACUCUCCUUAUAAAUAAAAAAUUCUUUCACCACAACGGUGUCUG